UGUCAUUGUAUUGAAAAAGGCUUUCGUAAUUGAACUAGGUAGGUAUAUAUUCACAUCCUUCGCGUCUUUAUUUAAUGAAUUUUCAAAAUUGGCUUUUGUGAUUUGAUUUCUAUAUAAUUCCUUGUAGCUUCUCAUUUAAUUCAACUCUUCACAUACCCUCCCUUACACUGCCACCAAAUAAUUACAUACCAUUUCUAAACAUGCCUGUCACGAACUUCAGUACACCAGAAAAGUACAAAUAUCAGAAUGGUUUUGGUUCAUAUCAUGAGUAAACCUUUCCUCACAAAAUCCACCAUCAACCUCUCUAACAUCUUCGCAGAUCCGAAGCUAUCGCAGGUGCUCUUCCAAUAGGUGCCAAUUCCCCUCAAAAGCCUCCUUAUGGUCUGUAUGCCGAAAAGUUAUCCGGAACAGCAUUCACAGCACCACGACACGAAAACCAACAAUCAUGGCUUUAUCGAAUUCUACCAUCCGCAUCACAUCAAGCCUUUACUCCUCGCGAAACUUCAUCUUAUAAUACAAAUCCAGAAGGGAAUAGGUUACAUCAGAUACCAAAUCAAUUGAGAUGGGAUCCUUUCGAUCUGGAUGAGACGGUAGAUUGGGUACACAGUUUGAAAUUGGUAGCUGGAGCUGGAGAUCCCACAUUAAAGCAUGGAAUUGGAAUAUUCAUAUUCGCAGCUGGAAAAAGUAUGGCUAAGAAUGAAGCAUUCUAUAGCGCUGAUGGAGAUUUCUUGAUCGUGGCACAACAUGGAGUACUAGACAUACAAACUGAACUUGGAAAUCUUCUCGUUCGACCAAAUGAAAUUUGUGUUAUUCCUCGAGGAAUCAGAUAUCGAGUUGAACUUCCAGAGGGACCCGUUCGAGGAUAUAUCUUGGAAUUAUAUUCGGGACAUUUUCAGCUACCGGAAUUGGGACCCAUUGGUUCGAAUUGUUUGGCCAAUGCUAGAGAUUUCCAAUCUCCAGUUGCUAAUUUUGAAGAAAAUACCAAUGGUCAAUUUAAAAUCCUUUCGAAGUUUAAUGGACAUCUCUUUGAAGCCAUUCAAACACAUACGCCUUUCGAUGUUGUAGCUUGGCAUGGACUUUAUUACCCAUACAAAUAUGAUCUCGGACGUUUCAACACUAUCGGUAGUAUAUCAUUCGAUCAUCCUGAUCCAAGUAUCUUCACCGUCCUCACUGCCCCUUCAGAUCAUGCGGGUACCGCCAUUGCCGAUUUCGUCAUCUUUCCUCCACGCUGGCUCGUAGGUGAAGAUACAUUUCGACCACCCUGGUAUCAUCGCAACACCAUGUCCGAAUUUAUGGGUCUCAUCGGUGGAGAAUAUGACGCGAAAACAGGAGGGGGUUUUCAACCCGCUGGUGCUUCUCUACAUAAUAUUAUGUCAGCUCAUGGUCCUGAUGCAGGUACUCACGAUAAAGCAUCGAAUGCGCCAUUGAAACCAGCCAAGGUUGGAGAGGGAAGUAUGGCGUUUAUGUUUGAGAGUUGUUUGAUGGUGGGAGUUACGGAGUGGGGUUUGAAACAAUGUAGGAAGGUUCAAGAAAAUUAUAAUGAGGAGAGUUGGACGCCUUUGCCGGCUCAUUUUAAGAUUCCGGAGGGGGUUAAGAGAAUUAAUCAUUUAGUUUCGGGAGGAAUUGAAAUGUGAGUUGACAUUGGAAGAUUUUGGGUGAGAACGAGAAGACGGAAGUUAAUGAGGAUGUUGCACAUUAUAAGCUUACUUGAGGGUUUUCGUAGUAGGUAGUAGGUAGUGGAUACUAGGUGGUUUUAUAUAGCACCUACAUAGUUUUUAAGUGUUUACAAAUUACAAUAUCAAAUAUCAUAUCAUC